CCAACAUGAAGCUACUGAUCAUACUGCCAGUGCUGGUUGCUGCAGCGUCUGCAGCGCUUCAGACUUACUCUACCCCUGAAGCAGGUCAUGAUGGACACUCUGGUGGUGUUCCUCUUCUUACAGGAGCUGGGCAUUCAGCUGGCGCUGGCCACUCUGCUGGAGCUGGCCACUCUGCCGGAGCUGGCCACUCUGCUACCGCCGGCCACUCUGCUGCAGCCGGCCACUCUGCAAGUGUUGGACCCGCUAAUGGUGCUGGAUUUGCGGCAGCAUGUAAAGAAGGUGAAGUCCUGCACGUAGAUGGUACUUGUGUUACCCCCGAAAUUAAUAGAAAGGUAUACAUUUUCGACGUACCUGAACAACCUAAGGAACCUAGUGGUCCACCACCUGUCAUUCCUCCACCUCGUGUUGACCACAAUAUCCUCUUUGUGCGUCUACCUGAAGUAGGACCUGGACCAGAGCCUAUCGUUCUUCCUCCGCCGAGGACAGAAAACAUCGUGUACGUCCUCAACAAGAAGACCGAAGUGGGUCAGCGUGUAAUCGAAGUACCAGCUCAUCCUCACUCCAACCCAGAAGUCUACUUCGUCAACUACGAAGACGGAGAAAAUCCAGCUCUUCCCAUUGGUGUCGACCUUGAGACUGCUCUAAGUGCAGCCGCCGCAACAAGUGGUCAGAUUCUCGGGGGAGCCGGAGAAUUCGGUGGAGCUUCAGGCGCUGCCGGAAACCUUGGCGGAUUUGGUGGAGCCGGAGGUGCUGCUGGAGGCCAUGGUGGAUUUGAUGGAGCCGCAGGGGCUACAGGAGGCCAUGGUGGAUUUGUUGAUGGCACUGGAGCUGUCGGAGGCCAUGGUGGAUUUGCUGGGUCCGUUGGCGUUGCAGGAGGCCUUAGUGGUGGCCACGGUGGAUUUGGUGGCGUUGUAGAAGCGGCCGGAGGAAGUCUAGUCAGUGGUGGUUUCGAUGCUGAUGAUAGCCAUGAAAUUAUCAUUGGCGUACAAGCUACGUCUCCGACUAUUGCGCCUACUCCUUCUGGCGUGUAUGGUACACCCUGAUAAAAAUCAGCAAAAAUAACUGACGGUAAAUGCAUAUUUAUAUAAAUGUAUAUUUAGAUAAGUGAAUAUAUUCAUUAUAUAUGUAAAACAUAUAUUACUACCGAAAUAAAAUCGAUA